AUGAAUAUUGAAUUAUUAUCAACAUUUCAACAAAACUAUCCUGAAGAAUUUGAUGGCACACUUGAUUGUGCAUCGAUGGCUGUGUGCUGUGCAUUUAAUAAAAUUGGUUCAAUGUUAGCUGUCGGUUGCUCGGAUGGUCGUCUUGUUAUUUGGGAUUUUCUCACACGUGGUAUCGCAAAAAUAAUUUGUGCCGAUUGGUCACCGAUUUAUUCUAUAUCAUGGUCGAAAAAAUCUGAUUUAAUAGCAACAUCAUCAACGGAUAGUACCGUAUGUAUUUGGCAUACGUCAACAGGUCGUUGUCAUACUCGUAUAUCAUGUAUACAAUCACCAAUACUUAAAGUUCAAUUUCAUCCACGUAACUCAUUGUAUUUACUUAUAUGUCCAAUGAAACAUCCACCAGUAUUAAUUGAUCAUAAUGGUAAACACACAAUAGUUACUAUUGAUGAUGAACCAAAUGAUAUUAUAUCAACAUUCGAUAGGAAAGGUGAACAUAUUAUAUUGGGCAAUAAUCGUGGUUUAAUUGUUGUUAAAACAUUUCCGGAUUUAAAAACUGUUUCGUCAUUUCGAAUUACAACUGGCACAAAUGCAAAUACAGUUUUAAGACACAUUGAAAUACCGCGUCGAGGCCAAUAUUGUUUAAUUAAUACCAGUGAUCGAAUAAUUCGAAUUUAUAGUUAUUCAGAAAUGUUAUCAUGCGGCAUUGCUCGCGAUCUUGAACCGAAACAAAAACUUCAAGAUUUAGUUAAUAAGUCAUUAUGGCGAAAAUGUUGUUGGUCCGGCGAUGGUGAAUAUAUAUGUGGUGCAUCAUCUCGUCAACAUUCGUUAUACAUAUGGGAAACUGUAUCGGGUAAUUUAGUUAAAAUUUUACAUGGUACCAAAGGCGAAACAUUAGCUGAUGUAUGUUGGCAUCCUGUACGUCCAAUUAUAGCCAGUAUGUCGAGCGGUGUUGUAUCUAUAUGGUCACAUUCUCAAGUUGAAAAUUGGUCGGCUUUUGCACCGGACUUUCGUGAACUCGAAGAAAAUGUUGAAUAUCAUGAACGCGAAUCCGAAUUCGAUGUUAAAGAUGAAGAUCGUAGUUUAGAUGCGUCUGAUUGCGCAAAUUCACCGAGUAAACGACAACGUUUAGAUACGAAUGGCAAUGUAAAAAAAUUCAAUAGUGACGAUAUUGAAAUCGAUGUUGUUACACAACAACGUAUUGAAGCAUUAGUAUCAAGUGACGAUGAGGACAUUAAUGAUCAGCUUGUUUAUUUACCAGCAGCACCUGAUAUUGAAGAUAUCGAAGUUGAUGUAACAUCAACAAUAAAAACUUCAACGUCAACACAAAAACUAUUUGAAACUGAUCGAAACUAUGAAAUAAAAUUACAAACACCGCCUGUCUAUGAUGCUCAUCCAUAUUUUGGUGGAACGAAACAAACAAGAUCAAUAGGAAAUCUAGCAUUGAAUAAUCAAGAUCUUAAAAAAGAUGGUAGAUUUCGUCGUAAAGGAAAUUCUAUUGACAGUGAUCAGCCGAAUGUUUUAUUGCCUAAAUCAAUUGAUGCGGCCAUUGCAACAGUGUCAAAUAAUAUUGGUAACAAUAAUUCAAAACGAUUUACGCCAAUUAAUGUUUGCAAUUCGACAAUAGUAGCACAGGCGUCUGAAUCUAAAGGACAACGUGGACGUUCAGCGCGUCUCGAAGGAAGAAAAGCAAAUACGGGUCAACAUCGGUCAUCAACAGAUAACGAUACGGAUUUCGUACCAAAUUAG